UGCUCCUUGAGCUGUCUUCAGACCAUAUACCUAGUUUACAUUUAGCCCACUUCCGUGGCAGUGAGUAUAAAUAUGGGCAGCGCGAGUAUGUAGACACGUCACUCGCGCUGAUCAUGUUCCUCGCACUGACGCUGCCCGACGCUCCCGUCAAGAGCGGUAAACUGAGCAGCGCGAGCAGCAACAUAACCGGCAAUGCGAGCGCGAGUACGUGUUUAAAUUCUGUUCGAAUUCAAUUACCACAUAAUGUGUGAAGAAGAACGUUGUAGAGCGUAAUUUUUGCGAAUUUCAUUGUCAAUUUUCUGUAUAAAAAUUAAUAUAAUUUCUAAUUCAAUAUAUAUAUAAUUAUAUACAUUCAUAUUCGACCUCGCUCAAUGGAGGAUACUGAAAUAAUUGCAACAUCUGCACUCUGUCUGCUGAGUUUAAGUAAUUAUGUGAGUGUUUUAAAAAGAAAUAAAGUUGAAAAAAAACGCCGUCGUCGCCAGAGGAGAUGGUGGAUGAUAUCAAUUCAUCGUAAUAGAACACUGUGAGUACCUGUAUAAUUAUUGUUAAUUUUUAACUUGUUAAAAUAGAAAAUAUAUGUUAUUGUAUUUAAUAUGAAUGGACAAGUAUACAGUGAUGUGCGUGGAAUAAUUGAAUAAUGAGGACGAAGGAAAAGACACACAAUUAAGCAGCUCACCCAAUAACAAUUUUAUAUUAUUUUUUAUUUUUACAGAAAAAGUAUUGCCAAUUUUUUCAAUGAGAUGACGAGUGAGGAAUCCGGGGAGUUUACCAAUUUUUGCCGAAUGUCACUUGCAGAUUUCGAAUUUCUUCUGGCUAAAAUUGAACCAAUGAUAAAAAAACAGACUCGACUGAGAACACCUAUUCCAUCAAAAAUACGUUUGGCAAUUACCUUACGAUUUUUAGCAACGGGAGACAGCUAUCGAAGUCUUCAUUAUUUAUUCAAAGUUUCAGCACCAGCCAUUUCAUUAAUCGUGCCUGAAGUGUGCAAAGCUAUUAAUUCUGUUCUCAAUGACCAAAUUAAGGUAAAAUGAUUGGAUAUAUUAAAUUGUUGUUUAUUAAAUUAUUAUUUACAGAAUUAUGAAAAUUUAGCAUUUAAAUUAUAAAACCUGUAUAUAAAUAGGUAAUAACAAAGCUUAAUAAUAAUAACAUUAAAACCUUUAUGUAACUUAACUUUUAUAAUUAUAAUAACAAAGCUUUUUACAUUUAGUAAUAUUUUGUAACGGCGUUCAAAUAUGCAUUUUCAAUUAAGUCAGAGGGUUGAUUGUCUCGUUGCAAUGCGUUUCUUUCCGGUAUACUAACCUCUAAUAGAGAUUGAGGUAUUUCAUUCACUUCCGGCAUGAUAAUAUGUGAUACAUUAUUAGCUGGAGAUGGCGUGGAAUGUUGGUAGUAUGGAGAUGGUGUUGUAGACGAAUAAUAUGAGCUGUCACUUGUUGAUCGUUCAUCAGGGUAGGGAUUAUCCAAAAGAAAGCCAUCUAUUUUGUACAUUAUUUUGUCUCGCAAUCUUUCGGGAUAUUUUCUUAGCCUUUUUGCUAAAAGUUUAGCAUAUAAAUCGCACUCGUCUUCUUCUAUUUUCUUUACCUUUAAUACGUGGUUCAAAGUUUCAAAACUUUCAUUAAUUUUUUUUUGAGCAUCAUCUAAAUAGUGGUCUGUACUAAUAUGUCUUUUCUUGACAGGAUUUGUUCUGGUUGGUGAAUUAGUUUUAAUUUUAUUUUCUUGUGGUGACAGUGAGGUAAUAAUUUCAUCACUGGGCUGAAUCGAUGAUGUUGACGGGGGUGGCAUUUUAGUUUCACUUUCUAAAGGCUGAAAAAUAAUAUAAUUGAUAAUUAUUAAAUAAUAAUUAAUAAUUUUCGUAAGGUUGUUUUUCAAUAGUUUUUAAAGUAAUAAAUUCAGUGAUUGAAGUGACUCAAAUAAGUGCAUGAGGGAUAACUAAAUUUCUAUACUUCUCAAAUUAUCUCUUAUCUUGUCCAUAAGCCGAAGAGACGAAGGUCAAACUUCUACCACCUGUGACUUACCAGUUUAAAUUUUUUAUUUUAGUUACCACAAACACCGCAAGAAUGGUUAAUCAUUGAAGAGGGUUUUAGAGGAAAGUUUCCCCAUUGCGUUGGAGCUAUAGACGGAAAACACAUCGUAGUACAAUGUCCAGCGCAUAGUGGUUCUGAAUUUUAUAAUUAUAAGAGUACAUAUAGUAUCGUACUAAUGGCUUUGGUUGAUAGCGACUAUCGUUUUAUUUUUGCCGAUAUCGGUGGCCAGGGCCGCAUUAGUGAUGGAGGAAAUUUUCAAAACAGCUUACUUUGGCGAAAAAUUGACUGCAAUACUAUUAAUUUACCAUCAGAUACUCCAUUACCCGGAAGAGAUAAGAAUACGCCGUAUGUAUUCCUUGGUGAUGGUGCUUUCGCAUUACAUAAACAUGUUAUGAAACCUUUUCCUGGUAACCAUGAUAUUGGUACAGCUGAACGUACUUUUAAUUGCAAACUUUCAAGUACUCGCGUAAUUAUUGAAAAUGUUUUUGGGGUGUUCACAUCUGUUUUCCGAAUUUUUAAGAAACCGAUAGAAAUCAAUAUAAAAAAUGUACCUCUAGUAAUUAAGACUUGUAUUUUGCUGCAUAAUUUUUUAAGAAAAAGUGAUUCCUCUCGAAACAUUUACACGCCACCAGGAACUUUUGAUUAUAUAAGGGACGGACAACUUGUUAAUGGCACUUGGAGACAAACCCACACUGUAUCGUCAGGGAUAAGGCCAAUAUCAAAUUUGGCUAGGCGAACGUCAAGCAACAUUUCAGAAAUUCGAUCUGAAUUCGCUAAUUAUUUACAUAAUUUAAAUUAAGUAGGUACUACUAUGUAUUAAAAAUUACCAUUAAGGUACCCCCCACGCACUACAUAUAAUUUUUAAUUUUAUGUUAUUGGUGU